AUGGCGACCAUGGCGUCGUUUCAGAAUAAGCUAGCUGAUCUGCAGGCCAGACUUCGUGCGGAAAAUGACGCUAAGAAGAAGGACAAACUACCUCGUGAUCUCAACUUGAACUUCUCAAGCCCCCAGCACACGCCACGGUCCCGGCCCAAGCCUUUCCUGCUGAAUGAGAUGGCAGCACCUAGCAGACCUGUGAAACAGUUUUCUCUGCCUACAUCGAGUCCAAUCAUCACAAGACAAGAUAGUGGUGGGGAUUCCGAAAGCAAGUUGAAGGAGAUUCUGAAGGCAGGAAAUGUGCUCACCAUUGGUGGCCAACAGCAUCGAGUCGAAAUGGCUGACCUGGAGAAACUUGGUGACCUAGGGUCAGGCACAUGUGGCCAUGUGGUUAAGAUGCGCCACCGGCCCACAGGCAAAGUGCUGGCUGUCAAGCAGAUGCGUCGUUCAGGAAAUCGUGAGGAGAACAAGCGUAUCACCAUGGAUCUUGAGGUGGUUCUUCGUUGCCGGGACUGUCCACAUAUUGUUCAGUGUCUGGGAUACUUGAUUACUGAGGGUGAAGUUUGGAUUUGCAUGGAGCUCAUGGAGACGUGCCUUGACAAGCUGCUGAAGCGCCUCAGGCCGCGUGCUCUGCCUGAAGAUAUCCUUGGCAAGACAGCCCUUGGAGUCCUUCGUGCCCUUCAUUAUCUCAAGGAAAGCCAUGACCUGAUCCACCGAGAUGUGAAGCCGUCCAAUGUUCUACUUGACAGACAAGGCCGUGUUCGCCUUUGUGAUUUUGGCAUUAGCGGCCGCCUUGUGGACUCCAAGGCACGCACACGCUCUGCUGGCUGUGCAGCAUACAUGGCUCCGGAGCGCAUUGAUCCACCAGAUCCAUCAAAGCCUGAUUAUGAUAUUCGGGCAGAUGUGUGGAGCCUUGGCAUUUCUAUGGUUGAGCUUGCCACUGGCCAGUUUCCUUAUCAGGAUUGCAAAACUGACUUUGAAGUUCUAAGCAGAGUCCUCCAGGAUGAGCCCCCUUCAUUGCCUGGUGAUGGCACCUUUUCACCUGAGUUCUGCUCCUUUGUCAGGCAAUGCCUCACAAAAGACUACAACAAGAGGCCAAAGUACAAGAAACUGCUGGAGCAUCCCUUCAUAAAGCGGUACGAGACGAAAGAGGUGGAUGUAGCAGCAUGGCUAGCCAGAGUGAUGGAUAACUCCCAAGAUAGCCAGUGAGAGAGAAGAGGUGACUGAUGCAGGCUCCCAUGGAAGCAGCAAGCAGAUGCCAAAUCGAAUGCUUGGUCCAGUUUCCAACCCCCUAGCGGCUUUGCCCUCACAUGUCGCCAUGUUUUUCACGCGACUAAGCAGGAUUGCACAGCACUAGAGCAUAGAUUCCAGACAAGAGGCUGGCAUGUCAUGCCCAUUUUCAUAGCUGUCCAGCUUGGGGUUGCAAUCUGGAGGGAUGGUAUGUAGGAUGCAGUGUACACGUGCAGCAGGGACUUCAGUAAUGCCUUGCCACUGUAUUCACACUUUGUCCACUGGGCAUACCAGAUACCAGAAUUUGUGGCUGUACAGUUGUAGGUGCUCCCCUGAUGCCAGCUUUGAUAUCUUGUCAUGUGAUGCUAUGAGCUGGAUAACGAACACAAAGGUAGACAGGGGAAGCAGUCUACUUGAAUUGGAAGAAGACACUGUCUGUGUUUUAGCUACCUUUUAUAACAAUGGUCUGUAUUGCAGGAUAUCAAUCUUUCUGUGUACUUUGCUCUAUGAAAAAAUGCUUUUUGCAUAAGGCCUAGCUUGGCCUAAAGAGCAGCACAGUCAUUUGGAUGCUCCAGUGCCAUUGCAACGUUACUGAGUACCUCGCUUCUUCUAAUCUGCGUGUUCUGUUCCUGCUUUGAGGACCAGAAAACAUCAAUGGCCACUGAAAACUGCUCACAGGGUUGAAGACCAUGGUCAGCUACUGUAGGUGUUUUAGCGGGCGGUACGAGUUGUGUGUGCUGUUUGCUUCCGACGACCAGUUUCCCAUGCAAAGGGAAGGUUUCUUCUUCUUUAGUGUAUUCAGGGAAAAAGAAGUAUUUACUCUGAACAAACGAAAAUCGACGUGUUGGGCACAAGUAGGCACAAUGAGCAUAGCUUGGCAGUGUUACAAUUGGCCGAGUAUGGUUCCCAUUUUAAAAGUUCAGAACUUCUAGCCUUUGCCUUUACUUGGCUUUCUAUCUGGAAAGGACUCGUGAGGCAUUUUUAAAGGAAAAUGGGGAAUUGAGGUUUUUACAAAUUGUCAUGUUCUUAAGAUGUAUAGAGCCAGCACUGUUUCGGAUGUUAUGCUUAUUAUAAAUAUGUUUAGUGCUGCUGGUUUUCGGUAAACUGCAGUAGAAGAUAAUGCGUAAUGCUCUUUAGUCCUCACAGGAAAAUUGAAGCUUGCCGAGUGCUGCUACUCCAGCGUAUCAGUUCUCCAUGCAGUCACCCUGCUCAGGCAGAAAGCAUCCAAUCCUACUGUAUGUGCCCACUAAAGUGGCUUUGAAUUAGGACCCUGUUUCUAUGCAUUUAUUAUUUGUAAAUGCUCAAGAAAGCACCCUGGCACAUAGACUUUGGGACUUCUUAUUAGUGCUAGGCAUUAGUUUGAAAGUACCAUGUCCUAUAUAUUGCUAGUUGCACACCUUUCAUAAAGGAGACAGUGCUUUGUUCUUUUUCAUUUUUUUUUUCUUCUUUUAACAACUGCUUUACCAAAGGGUCUAAUGCUUUUGUCCGUAGCAUUGUUGCUGAGACUUUCUAGAUUUGCUGGAAAUCGUCUGGAAAGAAAAUGCCAUGGUCACAUAAAAUUUCUUUAGCACUACAGUAUAAUUGGUUCAUUGCACAAAGAAGCGUGCAUGGUGUGCAUGACUUAGUGCAUGACACCUGCAUAAAUGCUUAACCCUUUGAGGGUCAAAUUUUUUUUAUUGCACAUUUAAAUUCUUCAGAGCGACUUAUUUCAAUAAACAAGCGAAUCAUUUUUCUGGCCACAAUAAAGCGACAAAUUUUUUAAAUGCAUGCAUGAGAAGCCAACAAAACAAAGACACCAAGGGAAACAUAGAGGAAAUUACUUAUACUUACUAAUUAAAAAAGAAAUGAUAAAUUAAUGGCACUGAAAGUGGAUGAAAAAACAACUUGUUGCAAGUGGGGAACGAUCCCACGCCUUCGCAUUACGUGUGUUAUGCUCUAACCAAUUGAGCUACCGCGGCACGGUUUUUCCAUCCACUUUCUUGGGUAUUUAUGUUUUACUACUAGAACUAACCUUGGGAGUUUAGCCAGCGCCACCACUCGCAAACCUUGACGGCAGACGUGGAACAUCCUUUCUGCCGCAGGGGUCAGUAGUACGGGAUCUUUCUAGGUGAAGGCAACUGGUCAAUAAACCCGCACAUGCUACCUGAAGGCAUCAAUGUUGCAGGAUUCGAGACCCUCGUUAUGUAUGAACGAGAAGAAAGGGGAGGGGGUUAACUGAGGGGCCCGAUUUUUAUUAAUGAUAUCAUGAGAAGCCAACAAAGACACCAAGGAAAACA